UAACUUACGGUGGAUUUCAUCUCUUCAUCACGGACUAUACGGGGAAAUCAACCCACGUUAAAAUCCAUACUAAAACCGUUUAACUACAUCUGCGAGUAUAUAAUGUUGAAAUAUGUGAUUUAGUAGAAUACGAUGGGAUAUACUGUACAUCAUAUCUUUAUAUAUAUUGUAUAAUACACCUACUAUAAGUCUACUCUUAUUUAUAAAUGUAUAUAAAUAUAUGUAUCUAUUUACACAACACAUCAAGUUAUCACUACACAGCCGACGGAACAUGAGGCAUGCUUGAAACUAAUUCCAGCACAAGCUGUGGUGUUCAGUGAUUAUUAUUUUUAGAAACAGGAAUAAUCUGAGUACGGUACAUGUCUAAACGACAAAAGCAUGGAACUGGUACAUUAUAUACACGGUAUCGAUGUGAUUCAAAAUGGAGUAUGGGUAACAAUGAAGGGUUUGGCGUCUGCCAAUAAACGUUAGUCAAUACAAGGAAUAAUGCUCCCUAUUCGAUCCCGGAUAGGUAAAAGUAUUCGCCCUGUUUCUCCCAGCUCUCGAAAGGGAUAUAGCAAUCAUACCCAGAGUCUUAGGGCGAGAAAUGGACAUGAAGUUACGAGAAGACCAUCUUUUCCGGCUGGCGGUUUCGAAUGGAGCGGAGGACGGAGAAAGUCCAGUUUUGGGCGACUUCGGAAAAACAGUUCCACUAUGACCGAUCUGAUAGACGAUGAAGAACCCAGUGAAAACGUUCCCCCAAUAUGUGAUUGUAAGUGUGGCUUGCGGAUAACGGACGAAACGUUACCGGAUCGAAAUCAAAAUUCGCGCUCGGAUGACAUUAUUCACGAAGAUGUGUGUUCUUGCCAGAAUUCUAAACCGAAAUAUACUGCCAACAAAAAACGUCGCCGUGGUGGGAGUAAGGAUACGGUCAAAAUGAACAUCGGCGGACAUAUUUUUGAAACGUACCGAUCAACUUUGCGGCGUUUGAAGAAUUCUAUGUUGGCGAACGAUGAGAAAUUAAAGUUAUAUUAUAGACCAGAAUCGGGGGAUUACUUCUUUGAUCGUGACCCCACGGCUUUUGCUGCCGUCCUGAACUAUUUGAGAUCCGGGGAACUACACAUACCAACAAAUAUGUGUGGUCCGUCUUUACAAAAUGAGUUGGUAUUCUGGGGCAUUGAUGAACUAGAUAUCGAGAGGUGUUGUUGGACGAACUACAAUACCUGGAAAACUCAGUGUCGUUCCCUGGAAAAACUGGAAUACGAUCGUAAAUUGUCCACAACCCAAAACAUUAUCUUGAACAAACAUAACUCUACAUGUUGGCAACGAUAUCGCUCUAAAAUAUGGACUUUCUUACAAGAUCCCACAUCUUCAAGGAUAGCAAAGAUCUAUGCCUGGGUGUCCAUUAUAUUUGUCCUUCUUUCUAUAUUUUCCUUCUGUGCGGAAACACACCCAAUGUUCCGAGUGAAACCGCAGGAAAUUGAAAGCAAAUCUAUGCAAAAAAUUUAUGAAUUUUUAAAUAUGGACAAAUAUGAUUGGCCUAAUCAAAGCGGAACUGUGAUUCUUGAUCAUCAAAACAUAACUAAUGCGAAUUUAACGUCACCGGAAGAAGCAACGGUGUCGGAACCUGUGGUUGAGCCCGACUUGCUGUAUGAUAACGGGGAGGAGGAUUAUUUUGACGAAGAAACAUAUCGAGAAAGAAAACGAAAAACGUUACCCCACCCAAGCUUAGUCGUCAUCGACUUGAGCUGUCUUUUCUUUUUCAGUUUGGAGUUCAUCUCUCGAUUCGUCUGCUCUCCAAGUAAAAUCAAAUUCAUGCGAUCUCUUCAAAACAUAAUCGACAUGGUCGCCAUCAUACCAGACUACAUUGAGAUGAUAUUUCUUAUGUUUGAUCCCAUUGGUCGGAAAGGUAUGGUUAUUAUGGACUUUAUGAUUAUACUGCGCAUGCUCAGAUUGUGUCGUAUAUUCCGGUUGAUACGACAUGUUCCCGGAUUAUGGAUAAUGCUGUAUACCCUGAAAGCUAGUUUUAAUGAGCUAAUGUUAAUGUGUGUAUUUUUGUUAAUCGGUAUGGUUGUGUUUGCCUCGCUUAUGCAUUUUGCUGAAGGAAAUGAAGGAUAUGAUAACAUUCCAAUCGGAUUCUGGUGGAGUAUCGUUACUAUGACGACAGUGGGUUACGGCGAUAUGUACCCCCAAACCGGUUUCGGUUACAUCAUCGGUUCGUUAUGUGCAAUUGCUGGAUUGUUAACCAUUGCAUUUACCGUACCGAUUAUUGUGAGUAAUUUUGUUUUGUAUUACACGCAUGUUCAAUAUGGGUUGGCGCGACGAGAGAAAGACGUAGAAAGAAUGCAAGAAUCGGCAAAAGACGAAGAAGAAGGAAAAUAUGUGAACAACUCGUUUCGAACAACUCGAACAUUUUCCGACUCAGCUGCCAUUGAACUAGGAGAAACAAUUGCUUUAACGUCAAAUAGUGAUGAUAAAAACAGCAAGUGCGUUUAAUCAGUAAGACGUUAGCGAUUAGUGAUAGUAAAAUCGAGUGCGUUGAAUGGUGUCAAUUCGUACUGUUCAUCACGUCAAUUAGUGAUAGCAAAACCCAUCAGUGCGUUUAUUCAAGGCAAUUAGUGAUCGCAAACCGUUGAGUGCAUUAAUUCCGGCAAUUAGUGAUAGUAAAACCGACUAGUGCGUUUAAUGAACGUCAUAUUGUGAUAGUUAACCGACGAGUGUGUUAAGGCAGUCCAGUGACUGGCUAUCUAAACUACCCGUGAUGUAAGUGGAUGUUCAAAAUAACAAUGUGUACAUAUUUAUUAUAGAGUGUUACAUGCUCAAAUUUGUAAUUAUUACAUGUCUACGGCUGGGAUGGAGAAUACACACAGGAUAUUAUUAUAACCACCAUUACAUGGAAAACAUUAUUAAUAAUUGUGAUAUAUUUAAAGGAAUGGACUCUUUGGUUUCUGUAAAGGUAAAAUGUCAGUUUGAACAGACGUGGUAAAUCGCCCCUGUGUAUUAAAUAUUUUAUACUUUAAUUUGUGAAAUUGUUAAACAUAGACAUUAGAUUUUAAUUUAGAUGUCAUACAGACAUAUUGUUUUCAUAUCGAUCAAAAAACAUGUCUUUUUAGGGAUAUAUUGUAUAACUUUUAUAGGAAAAGAGUUACUUGACUUAACCAUUUUAGGAUAGUACUAUAGAUUUCAAAUUAUACCUUUUUAAUUCAUAUUGAAUUUUACUAACUACUUAUACUGUAGCCAUGGAAUAAUUCAUCUGUUUUCUUUUGGGCUUACCUGGUAUGGUCCGUUUUUAAAGCUACUCAGUGAGUGAGGUCCCAGGUUCGCUUCCGGUGUUGGCCGAGAAAGUUCCUCUGGGUUUCUUUGCUUUAUUUUCCCCUGUUAGUGGUGCAUGAUGGAGAUCCUAGCAAAACAGUUCUAGUUCUUCGGAUGUGACAAAAAAUAAACAAGGUCCUGUGUACACAUUGACAUGCAUCUAAAAGAACCAUUGACAGUUGGGAUUCGAAAAAAAGUAGGCCGUAGUGCUGCUGUCCGGGAAAAAUUUCGACUAUAGCUCACUACACGGUGUAUGUCCGUCUUCAUUAAGCCAAUCGAUGCAGAAUAGUAGGACGUUAAACUGCAUUUCAUUUCAAUGGUAUACGUUCCGUACCUCGGAUUCUGCGUGAUACUAGUAUUCGGAUUAGUUAAUUUGCUAACACCGUGUUAUCGCGAUUAAAAUUAUCGGUCUAAACUAACAAAGUCAGGCGUGCAACAGAUAACGUAUUAAUUAUACAAGGGCUACAAGUAUUUAUUACCUCGCGGGGAAUGGGGGGGGGGGGCGGUAUACAAUCUUAUAACUUGAGUUUUGAGUACAUAAUCUAAAUUUAAUAGUAUAUUCUAAUUAUCAUUUAGGUUAUAUAGGGUUUCUUGAUACUCUGUGAAUUAUUACGCUUAAUGCACUAAAUUCUAUGGGCGAUAUUUUCCUGGAAGCUGAAUGUAGUAAAUAGUUUAAAGAUGUCUGUGUCCGGGCUGAAAUAAUUCUUUAAAUAAAUAAGGCAGGAUAGGGUUGAUUAUCAACCAAAUUCAUGAUGGUUUGUUGAUAUGUUUCCAAGCGACGCGAUCCAAAUACGUAGUCACUGAACAUUAUAUCGUACGAGAGACUUCACGGGAAGAUUCCCUUUUUUUGAAACAGUAUAGAGCGUUUAACGUAUAGCUAUAAGUAGUACACUUGCAAGGCGGCGAUUGCAUGAAUACUGGCAUUACCAGUUACCAGACAACGACCAAAACAGUGAUUGACGUCUAUAAUAAUUAACUUAUUUUUACUCUUUGGGCUUAUUAGACGCCUAGCAGAUGACCUAAUUGUGUCCAGAGUAUUUAUCUUUUAUUUAACCAUAAUAUAAUAAUAGCACGGUAUAUACUGUAUUGAUACUCAAUUGGGUCAUCUAUGCGGCUGCUAAACGAAAGGGUAAAUAUUGUGAGGUAUAGUAUAACCAGAUUGUCCCACCAGGAUUACAAUUUGUCCCAGCAGAACGACAAAUUGUCCCAUUGUCCCAUCAGGACGACAGACGAUGUUUAUUAUUUUUUUAGUGCCUUUAUUAAUACAUCAUUAUAUAUAAGUCUUCAUUACACUACUUCCUCAAUAGUUGAAUUACAGUAUCAAAUCGUAUUAUCAUGUUUCAGUAUUAUUUUAAUUACCCAAGCAUUGGAAUACCUAGACUGGAUAACAUGCUCUAAAAAAACGCCAGGAUGUCCUAUGCUACGGCAUAUCGAAAUCAGAAAAGGAGUGACCUAGUAGCAAGACCAGUCUAUGGAAUAUCCUGUCCAUUUCUCAUCUUCGAACAACAGGACGAGCAAAGAUGGAUAUAGUAUGAUUAUGAACAAUUGUAUAGCCGAUGUCUUGCAUUUUAAACUAACACGAAUAUUGUAAAAGUUGAACACGGGUAAUUGGUAAUAUUUUAUGCAUUCGGCCAAAUAACAUAUUUAAGCAUGUUUUUAUUCAUCUGCACUUUAAUCAAAAUUAUUUCACACGAAAUCACCUUUUUUUCUUCUUAUUCUAUGAUAUAGCUUAAAUAAUCUUUAUAAUCUUUUAUGACAAGCCGAGUGUUGAAAUUGAAUAUUGUAAGACAUUUUUUAUUCAUUUGAAUAUUUGAUAUAAGAACAUAAACAUCUAUAUAAUACUUUUAUAUUGGCUCGCAGAAUAUCCUAAACACUUGAUUACAAAGCCGUUAAUACAAAGCAUAUAACUCGUUGAGUUUUUUUGGCAAUCUUUUCCAAUUUUCGCAAUAAUUUCAUGUUUUGGAACUAUGCGCGAGAUAGAUUAUACUGAUUGUUCGAUACUACUAAGACAAUGGAAAGACGGUUAAAAAAUUUUUUAGGUAUGUAUCCACGCAUUUGUACUCGAGAAAGCCAGAGUUCGAGUAAAUCAUUUUUCAAGAUUUAUAUAACUUUGAUUCUAAGUAACAAUAUUCAUAUGAUUAAAGAAAGUGUCCGUUGUUAUCCACCUUUUUCUUCUCCUUUGUCUAACAAUACGUAUAUAGCACCCUCGGUAUCAAUGCAGUGAUAAUUGUUAUUUUGCUAGAUGUUCGAGUGUAAACACCAUUUCAGCAGUUUGUUAACUUUGUGACAUUGAGACCAAUCAAGUUUGGUCACGAUUGCUAUACAACAAUAUCAUGUCACCAUUCGUACCGAGGGUACUUAACUUUGUGGCGAACCAAGGGUAAGAUCAAGAUGGCUGUUGUCCCGCUAUUGAGCUUUCCAAAGUUUUAUGAAUUGAAUUGUAUAUUUUGAUAUUAACACUAAUAAUUAUGGCAUUAUGGUUCUUUUUAUUAAAAGAACAUUUAAAUUUAUAAUAAACCGUAUAGAUUAGUAUAGACAGGUUUUUAGAUUUUGUUUUAUUUUUAAAUACAUUUACCAUAUUGAUAACACUAAACACAUUUUUGAGAUCCUUGAUGGGAAACGGAUUCUUAGUAAUCAAACGAUCAAAAGACAUUUUAGAUUUUAUGAAUAGAUUUUCAAAUUUCACGAAAAGCAUAUACAGUUUUAUUCAUAAUACAAAUUAUUAGACAUCGGCAGCUCUCAAGUGGGCACGAGACAUAAAGUGUCAUCUGUGGAUUGAUAGGGUUAAAAUAUACCCCUACACCCAACACAAUUAGUAAUAAUUGACCCCGGGUGAUAAAUUCUGACCCGUCGCAGAUCGGUGGUUAAUGUGAAUAUAUAGGGACUGUGAUACUGAGAAUAUAAAUAUUCCUUGUAGUUUCUGGAAACAGUAACUAGUCUCCGAUGUGGAUGUCGCGUCCGGAAAUUAGGAUCAAAAGAUGAAUAUAUUACCUUUAUGUCGAGAUGGGACGAAACAAUGAGUUCCUUGGUACACGGUGGCGUGCACGUAAAUAGCCUUUGACAACUGAAAUUCAAAUAAGAGUAGGCCUAGGCUAUAGCGCCGCUGUCCGAACGUUAAACGCCAUCCCAUUUCAUUUCUGAUGGAAUUAAUGAUCCGGAAAUUUUAAAAUAAAUGUUUUGAUCCAGUACCUUCAAGCCCCGAUGUAUUCAUAAUAAUCAUCAGAUGACGAGUUUGUUCCGACAGACUAGCUAAAAACCAAUAUCUGAGACUAACGUGGAUCUGUAAUAAAAUUUUGACGUUGCUAUAACGUUAUCAACGUGCACGUGGGACUUUCAAUUUUGUCGAUUGGAUGAGUACUCAUAACUUAGAAUUUUUCUAUUGUAAAUAUUUCCAAUUAUCUUUAUAAUUCUAUAAAUUCUGUUCAGUUUCCAUUUUAGAAAAUAACAAUUAUUAUUAUCAUAUUUUUAUUUGUAUACAAAAAAAAAACAAGAUGGCGAAUAAAAGCCAUGAUCACUAGCUCAACUAUGCAAAACAUACUUUUAGUUUUUAUUUCAUAAAACCAUUCAUACCGUUGAUAAUUGAGUUCAUUUUGUUUUAUCAUUUGAUCUUGUUUCGUAAUGUAUAAAAGGCGUGGUUAACCACGAUUAUUUAAAUCCUAUUACACAUUCAGCAACAAAAUAUAAAUUUAUGUGUUCUUCCUUAAGCAUAACAUUGUCCCAAGCAUAGUUGUCGUCCCUUGAAGUUCAUACUAAAUGCUGGAUAGCGAGACAUGUGCGGAGAUUUGUAGCAUAACGGUCUCUAUUAUAGCUACUUUUGGCCUCAUAUUGUGCACCUUGUAGAUCUUGGAAGCAUUACGUGUACUAUAUUAGACGCCAAAAAUGGCUGCUUCUGGGUCAUCAAAUGUGACUGAUUUGAAUCGAAACUUCUUUUCUGUGAUUUCCUUAAUAAGAAAUUGUUUGGCUUCACGACUCCGGUUAAUAAAUAAACCUUUUUAAAGGCCAUGCGCCUAUACACAAAAUCGCGGCCAUGUUGAUUGCUAUGUGAUAUAAUCUCUAACUGCAAAACAUUUUACGGCUUAGAUGGGUUUGUCACGUAUCCAAGAAGACCCAACAGGCAAGAUAAUAUAUUUACUUUAGUUAUCCGUAUUUCGUUAAGGAAAUACUUCAUGUAGUCGAGAUAGAGGUAUAGUCUGGCAAUAAUGUUCUUUUGAACAUGAUAAAUUCUUGGCGCUUAUUGCAGAUAGUUAAAGGCUCAAUACCACUCUUGUUGUAACUGAAUAAUAUGUCCCAAUCUUUAUUCUGGUCAACAAAUUGUACUAUUUUACAAUAUUCCAAUUAAUUGAUGAUACAAAUUUCAUCUUAACACACCUAAUUUAAACAAAUUGGAAAAAUUCAACUAAAUGAUUUGAAAAGCCUGACGUAAAGCUUUUCAAAUGUGACUUGGAUUUAAAAAUAUUUUUGAACCCUUUGGACAAGUAAAAUAGGAUUUAAUGGAUAAUUUACACAACAGGUAGGACACUAACACAUCUAGUAAUUAGAAUAAGGCUAUUUUUUAUUUUCUGGAGCUGUCAAGCCAGCAAGAGUGUUAUUGUCCCUUUAAAAUCAAAUCUGGACUAAAGUUACAUGUACAGGUGCAGAGAACAACCAGUUUUCAACGAACACUUGUGCAUAGUCAGCCUGUCUGUUUCCAACGACGACAAACAGCACAAUAAUACUGUUGGAAUAUUGCCCACUGCCCAGUGUGCUGUACGACCGAGACAAAAUCAAACUUGACACGAACCUCUCCAGCGUCUCAACAAUAUUAUAUUUAUCAAAUUAGGCUACACCAAUUUGAUUUUCCGUUGUUCGGGAUCUUGAUAAAUAAACAGGCACUUCGAUUUAGUGAAAUAUACUUUGUUUAAAAUUUCAAAAGUUAAAAAUGUGAAACUUAAAACUUUUUAACAGCACAACCAAGAACUUUUGGUUUUUAAAAGGAAAUGUUUUACCGGUUUUCCAAAGAAUAGAAAAUAAAAUUGGUGUGACCUUAUCAAUAUCUUUUCCUCUCUUUUAAUAUUCCAUGAAGAUAAGGUGUAUAUAAUUUAAUCUUGUAUUCAUUGUUAUUUGUCUAAACGUCCGUUUACUAGUUAGCUAUCAUUUGUAAACAGGAAGUACCAUGAUCAGAUAACUAGAUGAUCUAGACUACAUUGAUCUAGACAUUGGGCCUAGUUUGGCCUAUAUAUGUAUAAAUAACAUUGUAUGUAACCUCGAAGUAUUUAUUAACAUGUAUAUCAUUUUAAAACUAAAAAUUUGUCUUUCCUUUUUAUGUGAUAUAAUUAUGAACACAGAAACUUUGAUUUAAUUAAAUAAAUUAAUUACAAUUUGCCAACACGUUUUGUCAUUGUAUAUAUAACUGAAGCAAUUCAAGUCUUUAAUUAAAUCGCGCUCAAGCUAUUGUUUUUAUAGUGUGACAUUUGUAAUUCUUUUCGUUUUAUUGCUCCUGGUUUAUUUUGUUACUCUUAAUAUCUUUUCACCUUUUUAUAUUUCUUAAAUUCUCUCUUAAUUUUUAUAUACAUGUAGUGUUAAAUUUCACACUGUUUGCAUGACGCCAUUUAGUUUUGUGAAUGGGAACGGGUAAAAUGCGAAACCAAAUCAGGAAAACCAAAUUUACCGGAAAAUAACGAAACGAAAUGACAAAAGGAGUUGAAUGGUAUGAUAGCUUAACAUCGAAUGUAUGUAGACUCUCGGGGUAUCUGAAUAGUCAAAUUACGUAAAAUCAAACAUUUGAUUUAUAUAAAAAAAUAUAUAGUUAAAGACAUAUAUCUCGCAGAGACAAGGUUUAAUCACGAUAUAUUAAAUUAUUAGAUUUGUAAUAACAUUUGUAUCAGUUUUAGUGGUGAUUUUGACAACGUGUGCUCGAUAUAAUUGUUACUAACCCGACAUUUUAUUUAAAAAAACGUGUUUCUUUGAAAGUCGAAAAUGGAAAAAUAUUCCAAUUAUGGCAGCUAGCUUAGUUUCAUCUUUCAUUUCCAGUUUAUCUCUUUUUUCUGAUUAUUUUUGGCACCUAGCAUAAUUUAAAAACUUUUAGGAAUCAUCGUUAAUUGAAUUCUUUAAUUCACUUGAAAUGUUUUAUCCGCUGAAGAGUCCCUAGCCGUUUUACGGGCGGCCAUUAAAAGCUAUUAAACAUGGCGGCGUAAAAAUGAGCCCUCUGGUUUAUCUUCGGUUUGUUACAACUAGCUAGCUUAUCCUCUCGACUCAUCUAAAGCACGGUAUAGAUUGGUUAGAAGUAAAUUGAAAAGGUCGAAUUUAAAAACAUCCCUCAUUUUAAAGUGCUAUAUAUUGAUUCAAUUUAGCAAAGUUCCUGCUAUCUUGGCAAAGCCAACACACCAUUAAACCGAUCAGUAUGUAGUGCCGUCAUGUAAAGUUUACCUUAUUGCAAUAUUAAAGGAGUUUUAUAUAUAGCCAAAUUUAGAGUUCUAGACCAAGCAACAUCUUUCACUAUAUUGUCAAGCCUUUUCAGUAUGAAAACGUGACCAGCGGCGGUGUCUAUUAUGAAACUCACUACCGUCAAUAAUCGUGAAUUUGCGAUGUGAGAGAACUAAUUCAUAUUUAUAGCAUACCAGUUUUGGUAGUUGCUUUACCCAUCCGCUCGUGACUUGUAAUUAUAAAUACUUAGGUACGCCACCAGUGGUUGCUCGUCUGACUUUAGACAAUGCAAUAUUUUCGAUCAAUCACAACCUAGUUUUAAUGCAUGCUUAAACUUAAAUGGCCAUUUUUAACUGAAAUAUCUAUUCAAAUUCAAAAGCCAGAUAGCACUCUGUAAAAUCGAUAAUUUAUUUUAAACCCCAACUGUCCACGAUGGACACAUACUUUAGUCCACGUGAUAUAGGGCCUACGUUUUGGAAUGUAUUACUUUGAUCCCGGGAAGAUGUUGCUUACCAUGAUGUUUCAAAAUAGGGGUAUAUUUGCAAGGCAUGUUUUAAUAGCGGGUUCGAUAUUAGCAAAUCUAGAUCUACAUUACUCUUCCAGAUAAGACAUACAAAUUUUCUCCUUGCUGGCGUUUGGGAUGUUCCUUUGGAGUUAUGCCUUUAUAGUGGAUUCGAAUUUUGAUUAUUCAUAUUUGUAUGAAAAUGGAUUUAUUUAGCCUAAGGCAUGCGAAUAUGUGUACAUACGUGGCGUUUGGAAUGAGCGUCGUUUAUAUGAUUAUAGUUUAUUAAAGUCCACAAGAAAAAUUUAAAUGGUGAAGAGGAUAUUUUUCUUCACUCUAGAAAUAUACUGUUUUAAAGCAGAACCUCUCGUCUCCAUUAAAAUGUAUUUUGAUGAAAUGGUGUAUGUUGAUGUUUCUGUCUGUCGAGCACUAUGUUUUUCGUUUCUUUCUAUAUUACUUUUUUAUGAUUCCAUUUUUCAAUAUUUAAUGCUUUUUCUCCUUUCUAUGCAUCACUGUGAUAUUAUUGCAGGCAAUAAAUUGUUAAACCCUUU